ACCACAUGUGUGUAGCUGAAAUCCUGAUCCAAGCAUACUUUGUUUGCUCACUUACUGGAAAAUUCAACAUUGGAAUAGAAUACAAUGGAAUAGUGUGGUUCUAAUGUGUGCUUGAAAUCAUAGGAUGCAUUCUCUUUCAUUGGGAUUGACUGUGCUCCUGGCUGUCUUCUGUGCCACCCAGGCGCUGAAGUGUCACCACUGUGUGAACAUCAACAAAGAAAACCCAGACUGUACCAACAUCGAGGAGAGAGAGUGCAGCCCCAUGCUCACCCACUGCCUCACGGUCCGCAUGCAUCACCCAGCAUAUGGCGAGGUGCGUAAAUGUGCCACCCAAAAGGAGUGUGACGGCAAAGCACCAGCGUUUGUGGAGAGACACUGCUGCGAGGAAGACCUCUGCAACUGAAGAGAAUGUCUGAAAAGUUGUGUGAAGAAAAGCUUUAUCACUAUGAAAUAAGAAAUGCAUACAGUAAACAGAGGAUUUUGUCUGUUUAA